AUGUCCGACAUGCCAUAUGAGAUGGAUCUGCUUCGCCACGGCACACCUCUCAUGUACCCCGUCAUGUCGUCACUCCUUACGUGGAAGCACCAGGAGAAUAAAACCGUCCCCGAUCAUUUCAACAUGACUACAACCAAAAGUCCCAACUCUUCAUUUACUCUCUCGGGAGAAAUGCAUAGCGACCUAGCCCCCUAUGACAGAAGCGCAUCCUGGCGUUUAAACAUCGACAUGCUUCCGUGCAACAUAUCCGAAGAAUACGGCAAUUGGAGCAUGAGUGUUCCCCAAGCAGAAUGGUGGGACACGGAAGACUGGGAUGGGUUCGUUCUACCAAAUGUGACGGUAGAUUUCGACGCCCAUACGUCAAAUCUGACUAUGGAUGGGGCUUUCUCUGCGUCUCCAUUCAUGCGAUCAAAUGUGUCGCGCUACUGGUGGGGUGACAUGCUUUCUGCGGAAACUAUCCGGGGUCCUAUUCAAGUUCGCUUUAGUGGUGUUUUGGAUGCGUAUAAUUCGGAUAUACUCGAUGUCAAUUCGACGGAACCGGCUUGGCUACGGACUGUCGGGUUUGGGAAUAAUUCGUUGAAUAUUGCGGAUUUGUCGAAUCGUGGGUAUAGUCUUCGAUCUACUCUGUGGGGUGCUUUUGUCGCUCCUUUAUUUGUUGGUAUUAUUGUUUAUGCAUAG